AUGUGGAACAACACAUACCCAUCCAUUUUGAAAGGGAACAGCUCCCUGCCUCCAGAGGACCGUCUGCUGAAGUUUCUGGUGGACAACAAUGCGGAAUCUGAGGAGACGGUGCAGUGUGCCAACUGCGACCAGGAGAGUGACAAAAAGGAUGCAGAGGUGAUGUACUACUGUAACACCUGCAGCCAGCCACUUUGCAGCACCUGCAGGGAGUUGACUCACAAAGCCAAAAUGUUUUCCCACCAUGAGAUUGUUUCCCUGGCCAAACGCUCCAGAGCCAAACACAGGAAGUGCUCUCUCCACGAGGAGCCCUACAUCCUGUUCUCUACAGAGAACAAGUCCAUGCUUUGCAUCAAGUGCUUCAGAGACAUGCAAGUGGAGAGCCGGACUCACUGCAUUGAUAUUGAAACAGCGUACGUGCAGGGCUGUGAAAUGUUGGACCAGGCUGUGCUG